UGACAGGUGGCUCGAGCGCAUGGUGAUCACGUGCAAGUAUUCCGGAGCUCUUUGCACUCGAUUCACAAAGGAUUCCCCCACUUUUUGCUCUCGACUCUCAUCCUCCCCCGCCAAAAGCCAACUUGCCCAAUUCAAAUGGCUCGUACUAAGCAAACUGCCCGCAAGUCAACUGGAGGCAAGGCCCCUCGUAAACAGCUCGCAACCAAGGCCGCGCGUAAGACCGCCAACCCUACCACCACUGGCGGUGUCAAGAAGCCGCAUCGUUUCCGGCCCGGAACAGUCGCUCUUCGUGAAAUUCGCCGGUAUCAGAAGUCAACUGAGCUUCUCAUCCGCAAGCUCCCCUUCCAGCGUCUUGUUCGUGAAAUUGCUCAGGACUUUAAGACCGAUCUUCGUUUCCAAUCGUCCGCCGUGAUGGCUCUCCAAGAGGCAGCUGAAGCGUACUUGGUGUCUUUGUUCGAGGACACCAAUUUGGCCGCUAUCCAUGCCAAGCGUGUGACCAUCCAGCCAAAGGAUCUCGCCCUAGCUCGCCGGCUGCGUGGAGAGCGCUCCUAAGCAAGAUGUCCCAUGCCGUGCUUUGUACUCUGUCUGAACUAUAUCUCUUCCGUUCCAUUUGUACCCUAGCCUAUAUAUAUAUGACUGACUGAAAUUUG